AAAGAAAACUAAUAAAAAAGUGAACAAAAACACCAAAAAUUAACAAGUGAUAAAGGAGAGGAAAAGAAAAAAAGAAAAAAACAUUAAAAAGACAGAAAGAAAAAGGAAUAAGUAAACAAAGAGAUAAGAAAGAGAGAGAGAAAAAGCAGACACAGCUAAAACACAAGAAUAAAUACGCAAAUAGAAAAAAAAGAUAAAGAAGAGAAAAGAAACGAAAAAAGAGAAAAAGUAGAGAGAAAGUAAAUAGAGAAAAAAAUAAUAAGACAUAAAAAAGAAAGAAAGAGAGAGAGAGAGAGAGAGAGAGAGAGAGAGAGAGAGAGAGAGAGAGAGAGAGAGAGAGAGAGAGAGAGAGAGAGAGAGAAACACACUUAAACAAGAAAAACUAAAAUAAAAGAUUGAUAAAAGAGAAAGAGAGAGAGAUAGAGAAAGAGAGAGAGAGAGAGGGAAAAAGACAGAAAUAGAGAGAGAGAGAGCGAGAGAGACAGAGAGUACCCAGUGAGAAAAUGUCAAUAAGAGCGAAAAGUUACUGGUCUUGUGUGUUAUUUCGCCCCUUGAGGCAGGAGGUCCCACGCUAGCCCCGCCCCCCCUUGAAGGCCCCGCAGAGCACCCCCCAAGCCCCUGCUGGAACGCCGCCCCUCCCCCACAACCCACACCUGCUGACUACCUUUUACGACCACCUUCUCAGUCCCAUUUCGGUCUCCCAACUCGGCCCUCCAACUCGGCCCACACUCGGCUCUACUCGGCUCACCCCUCAGCCCGAUUUCGGCCCCAUCUCAGCCCCAUCUUGGCCCACCACUAAGCCCACACCUCGGUUCCCCAUCUCGGCCCAUACUCGGCCCCACACAUCCGUUCCUGCAGUAGUGGAAGCUGUUUUGAGCGAAGGAAGGAAAGCCACUCCUUCAGGUCACCAUGGCUCUCCUUCACCGCUUCGUCAAGAUGAACGACCGAGGCAACACGCACGUCUUCUCCUUCGUGGUGACCCGCAGCGUGACCCGCGACCUGCACCGGGACGUGACGAGCAAGGAGCUGACGUACGGGUACCAGCGGUGGGCCAUCACGUUCUCCCGCUCAGAGAAGGUGCUGGGCGUGUACCUCGUGUGGCGCAACCCGUGCGAGGGGAUGCGGGUGUACAUAGACUUCACCUUCACGCUCCUCAACCGCGAGCACUUCAGUGAGAAUGAGGCGUUCACGGGCAAGCAGGUCAAGUUCACGUUUGACUCCCCAGCGCAGGGCAAUCGUCGCCUCAUCAACAUGGAGGACCUGUACUCGCGGAAGUUUACUGAUGAAAAUGGAGAGUUUCAGCUUGAACUGACGGUGGCAAACAUCCGCACGGUGUUCGAGGCGGAGCUGCGAGUGCCGCCUCCACUCAACGGCGGCGUGUCCACCAGGAAGGAGAAGCGGUAUGAGUCGCCCUACUUCCACUUCGGCCACUACGACUGGCACGUGUCCGUCACUUCCGCCUCGGGCAUGGAGGGGCGGCCGUCCGUGCAGCUGCGGCGGCUGACAGGCUUCGACCACCAGUGCCGCGUGCGCUACCUGAUGGUGGUGGGCGAGGGGGAGCGUCGCGCGGACUCCGGCAUCCUGGACCAGCUGAGCGACCACGACGGGCGUACCCCAGGCUGGUCCCCCGCCCGCACCCGCCUGCACGACCUGGUCCACAAGGGCGUGCUGCGGCUGUACCUGGAGAUGAUCCUGGCCAACACCACGAGUGAGGUCCGCCUGCAGCCACUCCCCCAGGGCGCCCCAACGGCCGUGCUCUGCUACGACAGGGACAAGCAGGCGUGGGCGCUGGAGGCAGACCUGCACUCAGACACGCUCAGGCUCAAGCUGGUGUUCAAUGAUGUCCACAACGUGCCCAGGAACCACUUGAGGUAUGUGUGCUGGAACGCUUACCUGCUGAGACGCGCGUCCAGGGGUUACGUGGAGUCCGUGUGUCUGGUGAACGGGCCCUUUAGCAACUACUACGCCCAGGAGAACACUGACGACGGCCUCAUGAUGGAAAGCGACGUGCCUGUCAAGGAGAUCAAGGAGGGUGGCAGCUCAUAUGUGGACGAGAGAAAGGAGAUCACAGUUCAGGUGGAGUGGGUGGAGUCUCUUCUACUCUUCCAAGCCACUUACCACAAAUAUGAUGACGUCACAAGGAUGCACAACUUCCAAAUGAGGAGAGAGAUCAGCGUGUUGGAAGCCGAGAACCUAAGUCUGGAACGCCAACUGUUCAGCUAUCAGAAAUCCAUCGCCCUGGCACACUCGAGAGGCACAUACGUUGACGACACCGGGUUGGAGGAGGGCGGGGCUGAUGACUACCCUGCCGAUGCAUACUCCAAUGGCAAGAGGGAUUACCACGGGUCUGAAUACGCCCCUAGGAGUUACGACUACGGCUACACAGGUCUGCAGGAAAGGGCAUUUUCUACGGAUACUGAUUAUGCGUGAAGAAUCGCCAGGCUUCUGAAGGAGGAUGACAAGACAUGAAGGAGGGUGAAGGAAGGGUGAGGUCUUGAGAUAAAUAGGUGGGAAAAUGAGCAGAAAGGUGAAGGAGUGAAUGAAAGGGUGAGGUGUUGAAAUAAAAAGGUGAAGAAAGACUAGAAGCGUGAAGAAGAGUGAAGGGAAAGGUGAUGUGCUGAGAUGAAAAAGGUGGAAAAAUAUUAGAAUCGUAAAGGAGAGUGAAGGAAAGGAUAUGAUGAAAAAAAAGUGAAAAUACCUGGAAAAAUCUAGAAACGAGAAAGAAGAGUGAAGAAACGGGUGAUGUGUUGUAAGAAGGGCGUGAAAAUUUGAAGGAGGGUUAAAGUUCCGUAAGGAGAGUGAAGGAAGGGAUAAUAUGAUGAAAAAAGUGAAAAUACCUGGAAAACGGACUGUAACGUGAAGGAAGGGCUGAAAUAUUGAGAAAAAAAAAGGUUAAGAUACUUGGAAAAAAUAGAACAGUGAAAGAAGGAGACUGAAGGAAGGGAUGAGAGAUGCUGACAAAGACAACAUGAAGGAAUGAGUUUUAGAAAUUUGUGUAUCUUUUUUAAAAUGUUGAGAAUACGAUGAUACGAUGUGGAGAUGAUUGAAAGGUGAAGAAAACUGAAGAAAUUGUGUGAUAUUCAAGGAAGGAGGGAAAAAAAAUGUAUAGCAACGUUGGUAAUAGUUAAAAAUGAUGCGAAAGGUGAAGAAUAAUGAAGGACAGUGGAUGAAAUGAAUGAAAGUGACAGAUAUAUAUAAAAAAAAAAGAUGUGUAAUUUUGAAGGAUGUUUAAGAAUACCUGGGAAAAAAAAAUAGGGAAAAGUGAAGGAAAGCAAGGAAGGUUGAAUAUGAAUGGUAUGGAUUGAAUAAAGGAAGGUAAAGGAGGUUAUGGGUGAAGGAAAGAGUGAAGGAAAACGGGAAACAAUGAAGGAAGGUGAAGGAAACAUCGAAGGAAGAGUGGAAGACAAGAAGGAAACAAAAUAAAAAAAAUGAAAAUGAAGGAAAAAAAAUAAUUUAAAGCAGAAAAAACGAAAAAUAAUUGAAAACGAAAAGUAGUAAUGAAAAAAGUGAAUAAAAUUACGAAAAGAAGAGGAAAGAUGUAGGAAAGAAAUUAAAAACUAAAAGAAAAAAAUUAAAGUUGAAAGAGAAGGAAAAAAGCUUACACCAACUUUACUUAACUAUUUUUCCUUCCCAUCUUCCUCCCAUCACCCCCCAUACCCCCUCACCAACUGAAGGAACUGAAACGGAGAUAAGCAGGUAGGGGGAAAGUGGGGGAAAACUGAAGGAAUAGUGUCAAGUUCUGGGUGGUGCAUGAAGGAGUCUUGUUGCUGAAGGAGAUGGUUUGAUUCUAAAGGAUUGCAUUGAAGGAGUAAAGAAGUGAAGGAAAAGUUUGUCAUGGUUGUUUUUUUUUUUUUUUAUUGUAGGGAAAAUUAAAUAAGUGAAAAAUAAAGGAUAAAGUUUGUGAAGGAAGGAAUGAAGGACUGUGAUGAAGGAGUGAAGAAGUGAAGGAAUUUUGUCAAGGAUGUAGUUAUUUAUUUAUUUAUUUUUUUUAUUUAUUUAUUUUUAUUUUUUUUUUGUAUGGUAAGAAAAUUUAAAUGUAUGUGAAAAAUUUGAGGAUUUGUGAAGGAAGGAGUGAAGGAUUGCAAUGAAGGAGUGGACGAGUCUCAACAAUUACUUUUACUAUAUGGAGGAAAGACAAGGAGGGAAGACGAACAUACGUACACAGGUGUCAUCCCUAAGGACAAGAAGCGGGUGUGAACUUCUCUUGAGAGUUGAAGAAAGGACUGACUGGCCAUGGUGCACGCGGGAUGAGUAUACGAAAUAGUGAAAUAUACAUAUACAUAAAGUGAAAGUAAUCGUUGAGACUGAUACAACAGCGAAGGAGUGGAGGAAUGAAAUCAAGUAAGUAUUUUUAUUUAUUUAUUUAUUUUUUAUGGUAAAUAAUUCAAAUGUACUAAAGAAAGAAAGAAAAGGAUAGGGUUUGUGAAGGAAGGAGUGAAGGAUUGUAAGGAAGGAGUGAAGGAGUGAAGGAAUUGUUUGUCAAGGAAGUUAUUUUGAAUUUGUUGUUUUAUGAGUGAAAAAAAAGUAGAGUAUUUCUUAAGGAAGGACAGAAGGAUUGUAGUGAAGGAGUGAAGGAGUGAAGGAGUGAAGGAUUACAAUGAUUCGUGUGUCUGUCAUGUAAUUAUUAGGUAUUACUUUUUCUUUGUUAUUUUAUGAUAGUCAAAUUAUAUUAAAAGAAAAUGAAUGAAAAAUAAAGAUGGAAUUUGUGAAAGAAGGAGCGAAGCAAAGAAGGAAGGAUGAAAAAAUGAAUGAAAUUAUUAAAGAAAGGUGAAAGGAAAGAAGGAAUUAAGAUGGAUUGCUAAAUUAAUAACAGGAGUGUCUAAAGAAAGGAAAAAAAAAAGAAAGAGUGAAAACAACGAAAGAAAGAACUAAAAGAUGGCGAUUAAAAACACAAGAAAACCUAAAGAAUGAGGAAUGAAAGGAAAGGCGAAGAUAAACGAGGGAAAAAUGAAGGAAAGAAGGAAAAUUUAUACGUGACGAAAAAGAUGAAAAAAAAAAUAGAGAUGAACCAAAAACAACUAAUGAAUGAACAAAAAUAAUAUGAAGGAAGUGAAUGAAGAUGAAAAAUUUGCGUGGAAAGAAGUCAGUUAAUGUGAAAUGAAGCUAACAUGAAGGAAACUAAAGUGGGCAAAGUUAAUGUGAAAGCAUUUUUUUCUUUUCUUUUUCUUUUUUUUUUUUUGGCCCAAGGAAAUAAAAUAGAUAAAGAAUAAAUCAGGUUAAGCAACAGGGGAUCUGGUUAAAACUUGGAUGGGUGACCGUUUGCAAAGUCACUCCCUAUAACAGAAUACUAGAAAUAAACAAAAUAAAAAAAAAACGAUGUCAGGUUAAGCAACGGGGGAUCUGGUUAAAACUUGGAUGGGUGACCGUUUGCAAAGCCACUCCCUAUACAUAGAAAUAGAAAAAAAAGACAAAAGCCAGGUUAACCAACGAUGGGUCUGGUUAAAACUUGGAUGGGUGACCGUUCACAAAGCCAUUCCCUAAUUGAAAUACUAGGAAAAAAAAUCUAGAAGUGGCCGCAUGUUUAUUUUCCCGCGGUGCUUUGAAAAUCUCUCUAUUGAAACACUUUAAGUCGUAGGAAGGAGAGUAGAGAGAGAGAGAAAGAAAAAAAAAGAAAUGGAAUGAGAGGAAACAUAACGAAACAAACUUGAGAUGAAAGAAACUGAUGUGAAAUAAAAAAAUAAUAAGUUCUCUUCACGGACAAUUGAAGUCAAAGGCAGGACAGGAGAGACAGAGAAAAACAAACAAACAAACAAACAAACAAACAAACAAACAAACAAACAGACACAAGAAUUAAGGAAAACAACGAAAGAAGGUUCAGACGAAAGAGAAUUAUGGGAAAAAAAAUUAUUACUCUUCCCAAACAGUUGAAAGAAAAAAAUUCAGAAAAAGACUGAAAAAAAAAUUUAAAUGAGAAAGAGAAACUAUUGUAAGGAAUUGUGUGCAGUGUGAAAGAAGUUAAUGUGAGAUAUUUUAAUAUGAAAGGUUAAUGUGAAUAGGAAAAGAGAAAGAUGAAAGAGAGAGAGAGAGAGUGUGUGUGUGAGAGACAGCGAGAGGAUCUGUGAGAAAGAAAUUAAAGUGAGAAAAGCCUCGGAUUUGUAAAGGUGAGAGAGAGAGAGAGAGAGAGAGAGAGAGAGAGAGAGAGAGAGAGAGAGAGAGAGAGAGAGAGAGAGAGAGAGAGAGAGAGAGAGAGAGAGAGAGAGAAUAAAGAUGAAGAUUUGUAAAAGAAGGUGAAAGGUGUGUGUGUGUGUGUGUGUGUGUGUGUGUGUGUGUGUGUGUGUGUGUGUGUGUGUGUGUGUGUGUGUGUGUGUGUGUGUGUGUGUGUGUGUGUGUAACGAACUUGUCAUGAAAAGCAGAAAGAUAAAAGGAAAGAAAGAAGGAACGAGGAAAGGAACGAAAAAAGAAAGAAAGAAAGAAAGAAAGAAAGAAAGAAGGAAGAGAAGGGAAGAAGGAAGGAGAUUCAAAUGUACUGUGACAACUUCAAUUAAGGAAGGAAGGAAGGAAGGAAGGAAAGAAGGAAGGAAGUAAAGAAGGAAAGAGAAAAUUAAUAAUUCACUCUCAUACAAUCUAAUGAAGGAAAUGAGAGAAGGAGGAUAAGUGAAACAGCUGAUAAAGGAAGGAAGAAAGGACCAGCAGGAAGGAGUGAAGGAUGAAUGUGAAGGUGAUAAACUGAGUGAUGGAACUGUAAGAUGCUAAAGGAAGAUGAAGGAAAGAAAACGAAGGAAAAAGAAGAAUCAAGAGGGAUGAAGAAGAAGAGAGAAAAGGAAAGAGAUGAAAUAAAAUCGAAAUAAAAAAAAGAUGCAUGAAAAGAGAAAAAAUGCAUAAAACGAAUGAAAAGAAAAAAAUGAAGGUUGAUAAUAAUGAAAAUAGAAAAAAAAUAAAAUAAAAUUAAGAACUGAAAAAAAAGUUAAAUAAAAGUGUAAUCUUAACGUUACGGCGCAAGGAAAAAAAAAAAAUAAAAAGCGAACGACCCAAAAUGAAAACGGAAACAAAGUGGAGGGAUUUAAACAGAAAAGGACCAAAUACUUACGUUCACUCUCGCUCUCCAUCACCUGCGAGGAGAGACGAAACAUUAUGAGUGAACGUGAAGAAAUGACACGAGAGACGAGUAAAAAUAAAUAAAAUGUCAAAAAUUUGUAUAUGUAAAACUUGAUGGUGAUGGUGAUGGUGAUGAUGAUGAUGGUGAUGAUGAUGAUGAUGAACAAUGAAUGAAAGUGUGAAUGAGAAAAAAAAAAUAAUAAUAAUGAACAGUGAAUAUACUCGUAUACAUAAGGUUUGUCAAGAUGAUGAUGAUGAUGAUGAUGAUGAUGAUGAUGAUGAUGAUGAUGGUGAUGAUGAUAUAAAUAAAUGAAAGUGUGAGAGAGAAAAUGAAUUAUAACAGACUGUGAAUAUGUAACGUGUCUCAAAAUAAUGAUGAUGAUGAUGAUGAUGGUGAUGUUAAUGAUGAUGAACAAUAAGUGAAUGGAAGAGUGAACAGUGAAAGCAGUGAGUGAAAGCAGUGAAUGAAAAGUGGGAAGGAAAUAUGAAAAUCAAGGAAAAUUUAACAUUGCAUCCUCGAUAAAAGCAAAGAAAAACAGGAAAAAAAAGUUAGUUUAUAAAAAGAAAUAAUUGAAAAUAUGAAUAAUGAAAGAAGUAUUGGAAAAUAUAUACUAAUUAAGAGUGAAAAGGAAAAAAAAAAUCAUACAAAAUAUUUAAAAAAAAAAACACCAAAAAAUUCCAAUAACAGAGAUUUCAGUUUUCAAAAAUACAAAAUUUAUUUCUCUUAAAAAAAAGAAAGAAAAGAAAAACAUGAAUUGCAAAUCUGUUAUUAUUUAUUGACGCAAUUCUUUUAUUCAGAAAUGAAAGUACACACACACACACACACACACACACACACACACACACACACACACACACACACACACACACUGAUGGGAAAAGAUAAAUAAACACAAUUUGGGGGAAAACAAAAAAUACUACAGGGAAAAAAGAGAAAAAUACUAUUAUGGAAAAGGGAAAAUUCUCUACGGAAAACUGAAUAAUACUGUAGGAAAAAAAAAAAGUAUAUAUUGUAGGGAAAGUUAUAAGGGAGAAAAAUUAUUGUUAGGGAAAAGGAGAAAAAUAGAAAAACAUUAUUAGGAAAAAAAGGAAAAUAUCAGGAAAAGAAGAAAAUACUCAGAAAACAAGAAAAAGAGCUGUUGGGAAAACAAUGUAGGGAAAAAUAAGGAAAUUAGGAUAAAAUGUAAUUGUUAUGGAAAAGGGGAAAAUAGCUGAAAAUACUGUUCGUGGGGAAAUAGAGAAAAUAGUUAGGAAUACAGGAAAAUAUUAAUUAGGAAAAACAUAUUGUACAGGCCAAAGAAAACGUGGAAAAAGGGAAAAAAUUACUGCAGUGAACAAAAGGGAAAAAAAUAUGAAAGCAACUUUUAGGGAAAUGGAACAAAUUCUGGUGUAAAGGGAAAUAGAGAAAAGAAGAAUACAGAAGGAAAGGAAGGAAAAAGAAAGAAAAUUACUGAUAGGACAAAAAAUACGGUAGGAAAAAUAAAAACAGUUAGGAAGAGGAAGAAAUAGAUAGAGGAAAGGGAAAAAAUAGAGAAGAAAACUGUUAGGGAAAAGAAGCGAAAAGUAGGAAAAAUAAGGAAAUAGUUGGGGAAAAAGGAAAACAGAAUAAGAAAAAAAACUUGGAAAAGCAGGAAAAAUAAAAAUACACUGAAAAAUGGAAAACAGAUGGAAACAAAGGGAAAAAAAAUAACUAAGCACACGGGAAGUGGAAGACGCCCGCUGAUUGGCUAAGAGGUUCUCACGUGACACACAUUGACCAAUCAUCUUCCUCCCUUAGUGUGACGUCAUGAGUCACUACCGUAGGUUAGGCACUGUUCAUAAUGCUAUUGACAGUAAUAGCGUUAACACUACUGAUAAUAAUGGUAGUAGUAGUGGUAAUAAUAAUAAUAAUAAUAAUAAUAAUAAUAAUAAUAAUAAUAAUAAUUCUUCAUUACUCUAUACUACAUGUUCUUCUUUGUCAGUUAUGAAAUUAUAUAUAUAUUAAUAAUGGUAAUAAUAAUGAUAAUGGUAAUAAUAAUAAUAAUAAUGACAUACUUCAUUUUAUCUCCUUGUUUAUUAUUAAUAUUCUUCUUCUCUCUUGGCAAAGUAGAGGUUUAAUAACAAUAAUAAUAAUAAUAAUAAUAAUAAUAAUAAUAAUAAUAAUAAUAAUGAUAACAAUAGACAAACUCCCUUUUCUUAGGCCUGUAGAUUUUUCGAAAAUUUUACAAAACCAAAAAAACUAAAAAAAAAAAAAAAAACACUUCCACUCAUACUUAAAAAAAAAUAAAACAAUAACAAAAACAACAACAACAACAACAACUUAACACACUUUUUCAUCUACUUACAACUACCAUAUAAGUAAAUAAGUAAGGCGUAAUAAAUAGUACAUACCAGUAGACACACUUACACACUUAUGACUAGUAGUAGUAAUGAUAGUAGUAAUAGUAACAACAGUCUUACUAAUACAAGGUGGAGUAGUGUAGCAUUGUUUUCCACCUGCAGCAGAUUCCACCCUUAUGCUUCAGUGGAGGAAGGAAGGAAGGAGGGAAGGAAGGAAGGAAGGAAGGAAGGAAGAUUUUAUUGUCUUCCUUCAGUUCUUCCUUCUUUUCCUUCCCUUCUCUCCGUCUUUUUUUCCUUCCUCCCUUUAGCUUCCUACACGAGAAACACGUUCAUUCUCUCUCUCUCUCUCUCUCUCUCUCUCUCUCUCUCUCUCUCUCUCUCUCUCUCUCUCUC